UUCCUUAACAUUCCCUGCCAUAACGUGCACAGUAUUGUUAUCCAAAAAUCGUGGUAUUGAAUAAAAAAAAUCGUUUCGUGACUCAAAGAAGUACGGCAAAUUUGCCAAGAUUUUCCUCACAGUCAAUGUUCCGAAAGGAACUCCUGAAAAUUAUCGAUGAGAAAACUAAGUGAAAAACCUCGGCGGGAAACUUGAAAGCUGAAAGGCAAUCAUGGAGGGAAAAUUCGAAAAUGAAAAAUUGAAAACUGAAACAUUCAAUAACUACCAACACCACCUAUUUAAUUAAUAACACGAAACCCUAGAAAGAAACCAAUCUUCUUCCAUACACUUCCGACUCCCCCCCUUCUGUAUUCAAUCAAAGUCUUCUCUUCUACUGAACAUAUAUGUAUGUAUACUUAGUAGAUAUCUAACACCCGUUCGACAGAAUUCCUCAUCUAAAUAUUGAAACAGAAAAUGUUUGUUGUUAAGAGAGAUGGUAGGGAAGAAGUGGUACAAUUCGAUAAGAUCACAUCUCGUCUAAAAAAGUUGAGUUAUGGUCUUAACAAAGAUCAUUGUGACCCUGUUCUCGUCUCUCAAAAGGUUUGCGCUGGGGUCUACAAAGGGAUUACAACUAUGCAGAUUGAUCAACUUGCUUCUGAGACAGCCGCUGGGAUGACUGCUAACCAUCCUCAUUACGCUGAGUUGGCCGCUAGAAUUGCUGUCUCAAGUCUGCAUAAGAACACAAAGACAUCAUUCGCAGAGACGAUAAAGGAUAUGUACAAUCAUAUUGACAAGGGAUCAGGAUUGAAGGCGUCUCUUGUUGCUGAUGAUGUAUACGAGAUAGUCAUGAAGAAUGUCGAGCUGCUGGAUAGUCAGAUCAAUUAUGACAGAGACUUUGACUAUGAUUACUUUGGUUUUAAAACCCUUGAGAGAUCAUACCUCCUAAAGGUUCAGGGGAAGAUUGUGGAGAGGCCACAACACAUGCUGAUGAGGGUUGCUGUUGGAAUUCACAAGGAUGACAUUGGAUCUGCUCUGAGAACUUACCAUUUCAUGUCCCAACGUUGGUUCACCCAUGCUUCCCCAACCCUUUUCAAUGCAGGCACCCCGAGGCCCCAACUGAGUAGCUGUUUUCUAAUAUGCAUGAAAGAAGACAGCAUAGAGGGUAUUUAUGAUACAUUGAAGGAGUGUGCUGUUAUUAGCAAGUCUGCUGGAGGAAUUGGUGUUUCUAUCCAUAAUAUUCGUGCCACAGGGAGUUAUAUUCGUGGUACGAAUGGGACCUCUAAUGGCAUUGUUCCAAUGCUACGUGUGUUUAAUGAUACUGCUCGUUAUGUUGAUCAAGGGGGAGGAAAGAGGAAGGGCGCCUUUGCUGUGUAUUUGGAGCCUUGGCAUGCAGAUAUUUUCGAGUUUUUAGAUCUCAGAAAAAAUCAUGGAGCGGAAGAACAUCGAGCUCGUGAUCUAUUUUAUGGUCUUUGGGUUCCUGAUCUUUUCAUGAAACGGGUCCAGACUAAUGGGCAAUGGUCGUUGCUUUGCCCAAAUGAGGCUCCAGGCUUGGCGGAUUGUUGGGGUGAUGAGUUUGAGAAGCUGUAUACCAAGUACGAGAUGGAGAACAAAGCAAAGAAGGUGAUUCCUGCACAAAAUCUGUGGUUUGAGAUUCUGAAAGCCCAGAUAGAAACUGGAAACCCGUAUAUGCUCUUCAAGGAUACUUGCAACAGAAAAAGUAACCAGCAGAACCUGGGAACUAUUAAAUCUUCAAAUUUGUGCACAGAGAUAAUUGAAUAUACAAGUCCCACAGAAACUGCAGUUUGUAAUUUGGCAUCCAUUGCUCUGCCACGAUUUGUCAGGGAGAAGAAUGUCCCUAUUGAAUCUAAGCUGGUUGGGAGUAGGGAUUCUAAAGACAGAUAUUUUGAUUUUAAAAAACUGGCAGAGGUUACAACAGUUGUUACCACCAAUCUCAACAAGGUUAUUGACAUAAGCUACUAUCCGGUGGAUACUGCAAAAAGAUCAAAUAUGAGGCACAGGCCAAUUGGAAUAGGAAUCCAGGGUCUUGCCGAUACUUUCAUCUUGCUAGGAAUGCCAUUUGAUUCUCCAGAGGCUCAACAACUUAACAAAGAUGUAUUUGAGUGCAUCUACUACCAUGCUUUGAAAGCUUCUUCUGAACUGGCAGCAAAGGAAGGUCCUUAUGAGACAUAUCACGGGAGUCCUGUUAGCAAGGGAGUUUUUCAACCAGACAUGUGGGGUGUAACACCAACAGAUCGUUGGGAUUGGAGUGGCCUCAGAAAAAUGGUCGCCAAGAAUGGAGCGAGGAAUUCUCUUCUUGUAGCACCCAUGCCAACUGCUUCCACCAGCCAAAUUCUUGGCAAUAAUGAGUGUUUUGAACCAUAUACAUCUAACAUCUAUAGUCGUAGAGUGCUAAGCGGUGAGUUUGUUGUUGUGAACAAACAUCUCCUUCAUGACUUGACUGAGAUGGGUCUCUGGUCCCCUGCUCUUAAAAACAAGAUGAUAAGUGAUGAUGGAUCAAUUAUCAACAUUCCAGAGAUUCCCGAUGAUCUGAAGGCAAUUUACAGGACUGUGUGGGAGAUAAAACAGAAGUCUUUGGUUAACAUGGCUGUUGAUCGUGGGUGUUACAUUGAUCAGAGUCAGAGCUUGAAUAUCCACAUGGACAAACCUAAUUUUGAGAAACUCACAUCGUUGCACUUCCAUACUUGGUCAAAGGGGCUGAAAACUGGAAUGUAUUAUUUGCGCACUCGUGCUGCGACUGAGGCAAUUAAGUUCACUGUGGAUACAACAUCAGCAGCAGCAUUUAUCCUCAACAAGGAGGGGAAGUCAAAGGCAGCGAAGAGGGAAGAGGAUGAUGUUAAGAUGGCUGCUGCCGCACAAGUGAUAUGCUCUUUAGAGAACCGAGAUGAGUGCUUGGCUUGUGGAAGCUGACAAGUAUACCUUAUUUGUAGAUAUGUGCUUUGAGUAAGAAACUUGUUCUGGCGAGAUGUAUAGGGUAAUGUAAUGUUAUUUUAAGAGCCAGUAACAGAAUCCCUCCCAAAAUCAAGCAUAGCCCUAGGAGUACUGGUGGCAGCUAUGAAUGUGUAUGAGCUCUUUGUUCUCAGAACUAUAAUCUUCUAUCAUAAGGUGUUUAACGAGUUUUUGAACU